GAGGAGGAAGAGGAGGAGGAGGAGGGAGGGGCGGGCGGUGGCCCGGGCCUGUGCCUGUGCCUGUGCGCGGGGGGCCGGCAACGCCAGGGGCAGCGGGCAGCGGGCGGCGGGUAGUGGGCAGCGGGCGGAUGGGAAGGGCCGCUAGCUGCCGGGGCUGCCAGGAUGCCGCCGCGGAGCGGCCGUCUUCUCCUGCUGCUGCUGCUGCCGCUGCUCCUCGGAGACGCUUCCCGGGCCCGGGGCAAGUCCCCUCCGGAGCCCCCCAACCCACAGGAGGUACUCAUCAAGGUGCAGGUGUAUGUCAGCGGGGAGCUCGCUCCCCUAGCCCGGGCCUCCGUAGAUGUGUUUGGGAAUCAGACCCUGCUGGCCACAGGCACCACAGACGCAGAGGGGGUGGCGACCCUGCCUCUCAGCUACCGCCUAGGCACCUGGGUGCUGGUCACUGCUGCCCGGCCUGGCUUCCUUACCAACUCGGUGCCCUGGCGUGUGGACAAGCUGCCCCUGUAUGCCUCCGUCAGCCUCUACCUGCUUCCUGAGCGCCCUGCCACCCUCAUUCUCUAUGAGGACCUUGUGCACAUUCUGCUGGGCUCCCCAGGUGCCCGCUCUCAGCCCUGGGUACAGUUCCAACGCCGGGCAGCUCGUCUGCCCCGAAGCUCUACCUAUAGCCAACUCUGGGCUUCACUUACCCCUGCUAACACAGAGCAGGAGAUGAGGGCCUUCCCUGCCUUCUUGGGCACUGAGGGCAAUAGUUCAGCCAACAGUUCCUGGCUGGAGCUAGCACCCUUGGCUGCAGUAAGCGUCCACCUACUGACUGGCAAUGGAACAGAGGUGCCAUUAUCAGGGCCUGUGCACUUCUCGCUGCCCCUCCCUCCGGGGCCUCGAGCCCUUAGUACCAAUAGCAUCCCUGCCUGGAGAUUCGACCCCAAGAGUGGACUUUGGGUACGAAAUGGGACAGGACUGAUUAGAAAGGAGGGACGGCAACUCUACUGGACUUUCGUCUCCCCUCAGCUGGGCUACUGGGCUGCUGCCCUGGCCUCCCCUGCUUCUUCUGGCACAGGGCUGGUGACUGUCACGUCCGGCAUUAAAGACAUCAGCACCUACCACACCAUCUUCCUGCUCACCAUCCUUGGGGCCCUCGCCCUGCUGGUGCUGAGUCUGCUCUGCCUUCUCAUCUACUACUGCAGGAGGCGAUGCCUGAAACCCCGGCAGCAGCUGCACAAGCUGCCUCUCUCUGGGCCCCUGGAAAGCAACAAAAAGGACCAGGCCACUUCCAUGUCUCAGCUGCACCUCAUCUGCGGAGGGUCUCUGGAGCCUCCUUCCACAGGGGACCCCGAGGCACCGCCCCCCGGGGCUCUGCAUUCUGCCUUCUCCAGCUCCCGGGACCUGGCCAGCUCCCGAGAUGACUUCUUCCGUGCCAAGCCUCGUCCAGCUGGCCGGGCAUCGGCAGAGCCUCCUUGUGUCCGAGGAACCGAGGGUGCGGGCCUUAAGGGGGCUCGCUCAGUGGAGGGGCCUGGGGGACUGGAGCCCAGCCUGGAAGAGUACCGACGGGGAGCCCCGGGAGGAGCUACCUAUAUCCAUGAUCCUCCAUCCCCACCGCCACUGCCCUCCCCCUUUGACCACUUCUUAGGGCACAAGGCCAACCCAGAGGGCAAGGCCCCCGACUUCUUGCUCUCGCAGUCUGUGGACCAGCUAUCCCGCCCGCCCUCCCUCAGCCAGGCUGGCCAGCUGAUUUUCUGUGGAUCCAUCGACCACCUGAAGGACAGCGUCUACCGAAACGUCAUGCCUACCCUGGUCAUUCCUGCCCACUACGUGCGGCUGGGGGAAUCUGGCACGGGGUCAGGAGAUGAGUCAGCCCCAUCCGAAGGUGCCGCUCAAGGCCCUGCCCGGCCCUUUCCCCAAGCUGACCCCCAGCGCCAGCUCCUGCAAGGCCACCCAGGGGCGGGCGGCGAAGGUGGCGAGAGCUGGGCAGGUGCCCGCUCCACCCCAGUCAGUGGCUCUGUAACCAUCCCCGUCCUCUUCAAUGAGUCUACCAUGGCCCAGCUGAAUGGAGAGCUGCAGGCCCUCACUGAGAAGAAGCUGCUGGAGUUGGGGGUGAAGCCCCAUCCACGCGCGUGGUUUGUGUCUUUGGAUGGACGCUCCAACUCCCAAGUGCGCCACUCCUACAUCGACCUGCAGGCAGGCGGGGGCAGCGGCGGGCGAAGCACCGAUGCCAGUCUGGACUCGGGCGUGGAUGUGCAUGAGACCAGGCCUCUGCCCCGGCGACGGCCCCCAGCCGCCCGGGGGGAAGAGCGGGUCUCGGCCCCCGCCCCGGCACCCCCGCCAGCCCCACCACGCCUGGCCCUGAGCGAGGACACGGAGCCCAGCAGCAGCGAGAGCCGUACGGGCCUCUGCUCCCCAGAGGACAACUCCCUGACUCCGCUGCUGGACGAGGCGGUGGCACCAGAGGGCCGGGCAGCCACCGUGCCCAGGGGCCGGGGGCGCAGCCGGGGAGACAGCUCCCGCAGCAGUGCCAGUGAGCUGCGUCGGGACUCCCUCACCAGCCCUGAGGACGAGCUGGGCGUGGAGGUGGGCGAUGAGGCCGGGGACAAGAAAAGCCCCUGGCAGCGGAGGGAGGAGAGGCCACUGAUGGUGUUUAAUGUUAAGUAAUCCCCUCCAUUCCCAUCCCUCCCCUAGGGUUGGCACUGGGGUGACAUUGGGGGUGCCCAAGAUUCAGGCCCUCCUCAAAUGCACACCCUUUCCAGAGCAUCAGUACCAGGGACAGGUGGUAUCCAGUUGCCCCAGCAGGCAGUGCCAACCUUGAAGAGGUGUCUGGUGCAGCCCAGUCACUUAGGGCUAUGUUGUAUCUGGGUUGGGAGGGAGGCCAGGGGCUAGGCCUGUGUAAAUUGGGACCUCUCUGUUUUCCUUGCCCCGUGGUGGCUCUUGGAGGUGCCAAGAGGAUGCCACAAUGUGGAGGGGGAGGGUGGAUGCUGGGGAAAGAGGGAAGCUGUGGGGAGGGGGCAAAGGUGGGUGGGAAGGGUUUGUCCCUGACCUCCCAACAUGACCAUGCCACGCUGGCAGUUACCCCCCUCCCCCAAGUGCCUUUUCUCCCUGGCAGCCCCAGUGCCCUAUUCUGGAAAGAGCAAGAGGGGGGCCAGGACUUUUCAAGGUACAUGAAAGGGACUGCCUGGCCCCAAACCCUAAAAAAAAAACCCUUUUGGAGGCUGGGGGGAAGGGAGUGACUCCCAUCAUUUGUAUAAAUACCCUGUAUAUAGAAAGCUCUAUUGUGGGGAAGAUGGGGGUAGGGAGACUGGGCAGAGCCAGGGGAGGGAAGGGGGAGCUCUGGGGAGGACAGGAUCCCUGGGCCAGGAGUGGGGGAAAGUGGGAGGGAGGGAGGGGAUGGCAUGUGUGCUGCUUGUUCACCAGCCUGUAAAGUUGGCACCAUGUCCUCUAGAACAACCUGGUCUAGGCCAUUGCCAGGGGUGCCACAGGCAGGCUGCAUUGGGAGACAUGAUGGGAACCAAAGGGCUGGCUUGAGAGACAAUACAUAAAAAUCAUUGACACUGA